UUAACCCUAAAAUAAUUUGGAUGUAUAGUAUCUGCAACUGCAUAUCUCCUCCCUUGGGUUCCCGAGCCGCCAUCUCCGCCGCCGAUUUCAGAAAGAAAACAAAAAAUGGCUGCUUCAUCUCUCAUCAAUUUCUCUCUCUCCUCUCACCAUUACAGAAACCACACCCUCAAAUCUCCACUCCCCACAAUUAGAAGCCCCUCAAAGACCCUGAAUUUCAGCUCCUCAUCUCCAUCUCUCCACCGCCACGCCGCCGCAAAAUUCCCCAUUUCACCUCAACCCAUCACCAACCCUUCAAUCCCACCCCUCUCCUCACCGCCCCAGAAGAAAAUUUUGAGCUUUCUUUUAGCAAAGAUAGCAACUUUACUAUUAGGGUCACUGAUUUUCUCGGGCUGUGUGAAGGCAAGGCCUUGUUUGGCAGAGCCGGUUCAAGAAAGUGAGGUUUUUGAUAAUGAAGGUGAGGAGAUGUGCGAGAGAUUGUUGCAGGAGAAUCCUAGAGAUAUCGAGGCGUUGAAAAUGGUUGUGAAUGUGAAGAUGAGGAGAGGGAAGAGUGGUGAAGCUGUGGAGAAUGUGGAGAGGUUGAUUGAGUUGCAGCCUAGUGAGAUGGAGUGGAGGCUGCUGCAGGCGCUGUGCUAUGAGAUGAUGGGGGAUUUGAGUAAGGCUAAGAGCUUGUUCAAGAAUAUACUCGAGCAGAAACCUCUCUUGCUUAGAGCUUUGCAUGGUCUGGCAAUGGUGAUGCAUAAGAACCAGGAAGGAGCAGCUGUUUUCGAGAUGCUAGAAAGGGCUCUAGAGGUUGCUCGUCGGGAGAACAAAGUCAAUGAAGAACGAAAUAUAAGAAUUUUAGUUGCACAACUGCAUCUAAUAAAGGGAGAUUUGGAGGAGGCAUUGAGCAAGUUUCAAGCUCUUAUUGAUGAGAAUCCAAGGGAUUUUCGCCCAUAUCUUUGCCAGGGGAUCGUAUACAGCCUGCUGGACAAGAAAGAGGAAGCAGACGAGAGCUUUGAGACGUAUCACAGCCUCGUCCCUCAAGAAUUCCCUCAGAGAGGGUUCAUGGAUGAUGUAGUCCUAGCAGCAAAAACAGAAUCGAAACAGAAGCUUCAGAAGGAUCUGCAACGCUAAAUCAAGGAAAAAAAACACCUUCAUUUAUUGUCAAUGGUAAGAGAUUUUCCAUGAAGACACCAUUUUUGGUCAUCGUGGUUCUUCUUAAAACUUGAUCAUUUGCAAAGUGUUAUUGUGGUUGGUGACGAGGGAAAUGCUCAUCACGUCUAAAAUUUUGCUUCCGUGUAAUAGUCUGCAAACCACGCUGAAGAGUGAAAAGAAAAAAUUUAGUUGAUUUGCUGUUUGUGAUACAGUGUUUAGAAAUUGGAAUUUACGACAUAUAUGCCUUCCCAACCAUGUAAUUUGUUUGAAACAAGACGUGUAUAUUACUUUUAUGAAAUUGUUUAUUUAAUUUUUUAAGGAUAA